AUGGCAUCAUCGAAAACACGUGAUCCAUGGCAACAACAGCAACAACAAAAUCGUCUUCGUUUCACAACGAUGAGUCGUGAAAAUAUAAACGACAUACAGCAACGACUACGCGAUGAACGUGAACAAAAACGAUCAAAUCUCGAUGAACGCCAUCGACAUUUAUUCGAUAUUAUUGCAACCCGGCUCGGUAUCGAACGAACUGAAGUCGAAGAUAAUGUGCUUGAUUGUCACAAUUUUCAUAUCAUGGAUCAAUUUUUUAUCAGUGAUGGAACUCAAUAUCUCGUUUUUUUCUAUCAAGAACCCGAACCAGAAAAUAAUCAAAGUGGAGCUGACUCUUAUCGACCUGGUUUGUCUCCCUAUGCCGCUCGUACAGGUGUGAACACUCAAAAACCUACAAAACCAAAAGUGAUCAUUGCCGAUCUUCAAGAACAAAGUCUACGAGGCAUAUGUCUUUGUUUUUUACGUAAUUCAAAGAAGACUGUUAUAUCAGGACAGAAUAUUGUCAAUGAAGUUUUUUUCUAUACAUUUGAAUGUAAUACUGAUCCUUUACUUCAAGCAUUGAGUCGAUCAAUAGCCGAUAUUUAUUUACCAUACCUUCAAACAUCGGAAACAACUUGGGGAAAACUUACUGGUUCAGACAAUAAUCAAAUGAUAAAAGUGGAUUUUAUAAGUCGAUUAAAUAAUUUUGUUGCUACACUUAACAGUGCACAAGAAAGUAUUAAUGAAAGAAUCCUAUUAAAACCAUGCGAUAAAAUCGAUUUAACACAAAUACAAAAUACAGCUGAUUAUAUAUCGAUAGCAUCAAAUAGUGACAGUCUUGCAUCAAUUGAGGAGACAAUGAAAAUAUGGAUAAAACAAAUGGAACAAGUUCUGGCAGAAAGUGAACAGAUUCGUCGUGAAGCAGAUAAUAUUGGACCACGAGCUGAACUUGACUAUUGGAAAAAACGUAUGACUAAAUUUAAUUUUCUACUCGAUCAAAUAAAAGGACAAGAUGUUAAAGCUGUUCUAACUAUUUUACAAACGGCUAAAUCAAAAUUGAUUCAACAAUGGAAAUUACUUGAUGCUAAAAUAACCGAUGCAGCAAAUGAAGCUAAAGAUAAUGUACGAUAUUUAUAUACAUUAGAAAAAUUUUGUGAACCAUUAUAUAAUUCGGAUCCAGUUGGAAUGUUAGAAUGUAUUCCAGGUUUAAUUAAUGCUGUACGAAUGAUUCACUCAAUUUCACGUUAUUAUAAUACAUCAGAAAGGAUGACAUCACUAUUUGUUAAAAUAACAAAUCAAAUGAUAACAACAUCAAAAAUGUAUAUAACAGAAAAUUAUACACAAACAGUAUGGUCUCAGGAUCAAGCACAUUUAAUAUCGAAAUUACGUGAUUGUAUUAAAUUAAAUGAUGAAUAUCAACGUUGUUUUCAAUUCACUAAAAAUAAAUUAGCAUCGAAUCCUUCCGAACGGCCAUUUGAUUUUAGUGAAAUGUAUAUUUUCGGAAAAUUUGAUUCAUUUGUACGACGAUGUGAAAAAAUAAUUGAUAUGUUCGGAACAAUCAAUUUAUAUUCACAUUUAGCUGAUUCGAAAAUUGAAGGUAUAUCACCAUUCUAUUCAAAAUUCAAUAUGAUUAUAACAUCGAUGAAAAAAAAAGAUUAUGACUUUCUCGAUCAACGUAAACAGGAUGUUGAUAGUGAUUUAGAUGAUUUUCGUCGUUCAGUAGCAGAUCUUCAUAGUAACAUAAAUGAAUUUCUUGAUAAAUAUUUUAAUGCUAUACGUAAUACUGAGAGAUCAUUAACUGCAUUGAAACGUUUCGAAAAAUUACAUUUACCAAAUAUUGGUUUAAAUGAAAAGUAUGCUAAAAUUUUACAGCAAUAUUCAAAAGAUUUGGAUUCAGUUGCAAAAAUUUAUCAAAAAAAUUCUAAAGAGCCGCUUAUUUCAAGAGAUUUACCACCAACAGCUGGUCGAAUCGUAUGGGCUCGCCAAUUGUAUAUGCGUAUUCAACAACCGAUGGAUAUUUUCGUUGCAAAUAAAACCAUCCUUCAAUAUCCAGAAGCGAAAAAAAUUAUUAAAAAUUACAAUCAAUUAUCGAAAGUUCUUUUAUCCUAUGAAAUUCUAUAUCAUCGUGGAUGGCUUCGUCAAGUUGAUGUCGUUGCAACUGGUAUUCAUUCGAGUAUAUUAUUACGUGUUAAUCGUGAUGAUCUACUAUCGGCGGCAUCAGUGCAUAUUGGUGCAGCGUCCGUUGUAACAUCUACGUCGCAAACCAAUCCAGAAUAUUUAGUCAAUUUCGAUCCCAAUAUUCUAGAAUUAAUACGUGAAACUCAAUGCCUUGCGCGUUUAGGUUUAGAGAUUCCAAAAGAAGCUGCUGUAUUAACGCAACGUGAAGAUUAUCUUAAACGAUAUUAUCAAGAAUUAACACAAUUAGUUGAAAAAAAUAAACGUUUAAGAGAAAAAAUUAAACAACCUUUUGAAGCUUUAUUAGCACCGAAAAUUCAUCGUUUAAAUGAUAUUAUUAAGCCAGGUUUAACAUCUAUAACAUGGGCAUCAUUGAACAUUAAUGAUUUUAUCGAUUCUGUUAAUUCAGCAUUGGAUGAAUUUGAUUUAAUGUUAGAUCGUGCUAAUGAUCUCAUCACAUAUCGUAUUGAUGCAGUACUUGAUGAAAUAGCAACUAUGGCUCUUUGUGAAAUGCCUGACGAUGAACCGAUUACACCCGAACAAUUUUUACAUAAUACUCAAAACUUAUGUAAUCUUGCAUCAAACCAAAUUCAAAUUAAAUCACACAAUGUUGAAGAUGCUGUUCUUGAAGUUAUUGAUCUUUUAUGUGGAGACAUAAUUGGUUCAAAUGAACGUGAUGAAAAUAUGCAAUAUUCAGGUGUUGCAUUAAAUGCUGAUGAUGAAGAAACUGAUGGUUAUGAAACAGUAGUUGGACAUGAUCAAGCUACAAUUAAAUCAGCUCGAAGUAGUCAACCACAAUCAAGUCUAACAAAUCGAACACGACACAUAUCAUCAGGAAAAUCUUCGAAAGGACGAAUGAAAUCUUCAGCUGCAUUGACAACAGUAUCACGCCGUAAACGUGAACAACAAAAUGAAAGUUUACAAGCUGCCAUUACAGAAUUAAUUAAUCAUUUUAGUCAUCGAAAUCUUGAUGCUAUUGUACGUGUUAUUAAAAUGACUUUAGAAAAAUUACGAAAACGUAUUACAUCAACACUUACCUAUGCUGGAAAUCAUCAUGAAGCACCAGUAUUUAAAGUUUUUGCUGAAUUAGCUAUUCCAAUUGUUACUAUUCAACCACCAACUGAUGAAGUACAAAUUCUUUUAAAUAAAGCUGUACAAACAAUUGUAUCUAUUGCUAAAACUAUUUCGCAAUGGGAUAAAAAUAGAAAAAGACAAAACAAACGUACUAGUAAACUUGAAACGCCACUUGAUACACAAACGGGUGAUAGUGAAUCUCAUCUUGCAGCGAAUCCAUCAUCAGAACAUGACGAAGAAGUUCCACCAGUCACACCAGGUUCAGCAUCAGCUGGUAUCAAUCUUGAAGCAUCUACAAAAGAUUUAUUUCAUCAAGUGCCACCUUCUUCCGAAGGUACAAAUAGUCGACUACGAGGAAAUGAAACUGCAAAUACAGAUCAACAACAUCAUCGAGUACAAUUUACUCCAGCCAAUAAUUAUUUUAAAAAUGUAUCGGAAAAUAAGGACGUUGCUAAAUUAGUUUCACUAUUAGCUACAUGUAUUAAUGCAACGAAAAAAGAUAUAAUAGCAUCUAUGGAAAUAUUUACAAGAUUUAAUGCAUUAUGGCAACGAGAUCGUGAUGAAGAAUUGAAAGAGUUUCUAGCAAAUGUUCCACGUGUAUCUGAAUUUGAAGCUAAAAUAAAAUUCUAUGAAAGUUUAGCAAUUGAUAUUGAUUCUCAAGCAGAAUUUAUGGCUGUUGGUCCAUUGGCCAUUUUUACUGAACAUUUGAAAUUUGCUCUCAAUCAAGAAGUACGUGAUUGGAUAGUUCGUUAUGGUCAAGCAUGCAAUGCUAAAUAUCGCAAAGAAAUGAAUGAAGUCAGCGCAUUCAUUGAUGACAUUGAAAAACGCCUAUCACGUCCAAUCAAUGAUUUAGAAGAUAUUCGUUUAAUUAUGAUUGCAAUUAAAGAUUUACGAGAUAAUGAAAUUCGUAUUGAUAUGAGUAUAAUGCCAAUUGAAGAAUCAUAUACAAUGUUACAAGUUCAUGGUCUCAAUGUUGCACGAGAAGAAUGUGAACUAGCUGAAUCUCUAAAAUUUAAUUGGGACAAACUUGAACGUCAUUGUAAUUCAGUAACAUCAGAUUUACUUAAACUUCAACCAUCUAAACGAGCAGAAUUAGUAGAAAAUGUUAAAAAAUUUAUUGUUGAUUGUGAAAAAUUCUAUACUGAUUAUGAACAUGGUGGACCCACAAUACCUGGUUUAACACCACGUGAAUCAAGUGAUAAACAAAUAUUAUUUCAAAGUCAAGUAGAAACAUUAUAUAAAAAAUAUGAAACCUAUCAUGGCGGAGAAAUAUUGUUUGGCUUGCCAAUAUCUGAUUUUCCACAAUUAGAAAAAAUAAAAAAAGAUUUAACAUUAUUACAACGUCUCUAUGGUUUAUAUAAUAAAGUUUUAGAUACUGUUUCGGGUUACUCUGAAAUAGCUUGGGUUGACGUUAAUAUUGAUAAAAUCAACCAAGAAUUGUCAGAUUUUCAAACGGCAUGUAGAAAAUUACCAAAAGGUCUAAGAGAAUUUCCAGCUUUUCAUGCAUUGAAAAAAACUAUUGAUGAUUUUAGUGAAUGUUGUCCUUUAUUGGAAAUGAUGGCAAAUCGUGCUAUGCAAAAUCGUCAUUGGCAACGAAUAGCUGAAGUAACUAGUAUGCAACAUUUAGAUGUUGAAGCUGAUGAUUUUCGUCUAAGAAAUGUUAUGGAUUUACCAUUACUACAAUUUAAAGAAGAUAUUGAAGAUAUUUGUAUUGCAGCCGUUAAAGAACGUGAUAUCGAAGGUAAACUUAAACAAGUUGAAUCGGAUUGGAAAACACAAGAAUUCAAUUUUGCUCAAUUUAAAACACGAGGAGAAUUAUUACUGAAAGGUGAUCGAGUUCAAGAAGUUAUCAGUCUAUUAGAAGAUUCUCUCAUGUUACUUGGCUCAUUGAUGUCAAAUAGAUAUAAUGUUCCAUUUCGAAAACAAAUUCAAAAAUGGGUUAAAGAUUUAACUGAUACAAAUGAAAUUAUUGAAAAUUGGAUGCGUGUACAAAAUCUAUGGGUUUAUUUAGAAGCCGUUUUUGUUGGUGGUGAUAUUGCUAAACAAUUACCACUGGAAGCAAAACGUUUCUCAUCCAUUGAUAAAUCAUGGCUUAAAAUCAUGUCUAAAGCACAUGAACAGCCAGCUGUUGUACAAUGUUGUACAACAGAUGAAACAUUAAAACAACUUUUACCACAUCUUCUUGAACAACUUGAAUUGUGUCAAAAAUCUUUGACUGGCUAUUUAGAACGAAAACGCCUCUCAUUUCCACGUUUCUUUUUUGUUUCGGAUCCAGCUCUAUUAGAAAUCUUAGGUCAAGCUAGUGAUCCACAUACAAUUAAAGCACAUUUAUUAAGUGUUUUUGAUAAUAUUAAAACAGUACGAUUUCAUGAAAAAGAAUACGAUAAGAUAUUAACGAUUGAAUCAUCUGAAGGUGAAACAAUUGAACUUGAAAAACCUGUUAAAGCAGAAGGUAACGUUGAAAUAUGGUUAAUGUCUCUUCUUAAAGAAGCACAAAAAUCAUUGCAUGGUGUAAUACGUCAAGCUCAUCAUGCUCUAUCGGAUCCAUCGUCAUUUAAUCUUAUUGAAUUUUUAAAUACAUAUCCAGCUCAAGUUGGUCUAUUAGGUAUACAAUUAAUAUGGACACGUGAUGCAACAGAAGCAUUACGUCAUGCUAAAAUUGAUAAAAAUAUCAUGAAACAAACAGCAAAAGUAUUUAGUGAUCUACUUGAUCUGUUAAUUGAUCAAACGACAAAAGAUUUAACACGUGUUGAACGUACAAAAUAUGAAACAUUAAUUACAAUACAUGUACAUCAAAAAGAUAUAUUUGAUGAACUUCUUCAAACCAAUAUACGAACCAUAACCGAUUUCGAUUGGCUUAAACAAACAAGAUUUUAUUUUAUUGAAGAAUUAGACAAAGUACAAAUAUCAAUUACAGAUGUUGAUUUUACUUAUAUGAAUGAGUUUCUUGGAUGUAAUGAACGUUUAGUUAUUACACCAUUAACUGAUCGAUGUUAUAUUACAUUAGCUCAAGCAUUACAUAUGAGUAUGGGUGGAGCACCGGCUGGACCUGCUGGAACAGGAAAAACUGAAACAGUUAAAGACAUGGGACGAUGUCUUGGCAAAUAUGUUGUUGUAUUUAAUUGCUCUGAUCAGAUGGAUUUUCGUGGCUUAGGUCGUAUAUUUAAAGGUUUAGCUCAAUCAGGUUCAUACGGUUGUUUCGAUGAAUUUAAUCGUAUUGAUUUACCUGUACUUUCUGUUGCUGCACAACAAAUAGCUAUUGUUCUUGCUUGUAAAAAAGAGAAGAAACGUCAAUUCGUAUUUACAGAUGGUGAUAUGGUUGAAAUGAAUUUAGAAUUCGGUAUAUUUUUAACAAUGAAUCCAGGUUAUGCUGGUCGACAAGAAUUACCUGAAAAUUUAAAAAUUAAUUUUCGUUCUGUUGCUAUGAUGGUACCUGAUCGUUUACCAAUUAUACGUGUUAAAAUGGCUGCAUGUGGUUUCCGAGAAAAUGUACCUUUAGCAAAGAAAUUCUAUACACUUUAUAAACUUUGCGAAGAACAACUUAGUAAACAAGUUCAUUAUGAUUUUGGUCUACGAAAUAUUCUAUCCGUAUUACGUACACUUGGUGCUGUUAAACGUGCCAAUAAAGAUGAUUUAGAAAAAACUAUUGUCAUGCGAGUACUUCGUGAUAUGAAUUUAUCAAAACUAGUUGAUGAAGAUGAACCGUUAUUCAUAUCUCUAAUUAAUGAUCUUUUCCCAAACAUAAAACUAGAGAAAGAAACAUAUGUUGAAUUAGAAGCAGCCAUUGAUAAAGAAACUCAAGCUGCUGGACUUAUAUGUCAUGCACCAUGGAUAUUAAAAAUUAUUCAAUUAUUCGAAACGCAACGUGUUCGUCAUGGUAUGAUGGCAUUAGGACCAUCAGGUGUAGGUAAAACAUGUUGUAUUCAUACAUUGAUGAAAGCAAUGACUAUAUGUGGUGAACCACAUCGCGAAUUGCGUAUGAAUCCGAAAUCUAUAACAGCACCACAAAUGUUCGGUCGAUUAGAUGCAGCUACAAAUGAUUGGACUGAUGGAAUAUUUUCAACAUUAUGGAGACGUACAUUACGUACGAAAAAAGGUGAAUUUGUUUGGCUUAUUUUAGAUGGUCCUGUUGAUGCUAUUUGGAUUGAAAAUUUAAAUUCAGUAUUAGAUGAUAAUAAAACAUUAACAUUAGCUAAUGGUGAUCGAAUUCCGAUGGCACCGAAUUGUAAAAUUAUUUUCGAAGUACACAAUAUUGAUAAUGCAUCACCAGCUACUGUUAGUAGAAAUGGUAUGGUUUAUAUGAGUAGUUCUGGUUUAGAUUGGCGACCAUUAAUUCAAGGUUGGGUUAAACGUGAACGGCCACCAAGUGAUAGUGACGUUUUAAUGCGUUUAUUUGAAUCAUCAUUUCCAUUUAUUUAUCGAUAUUUUUCUAUUAAUCUUAAAUCAAAAAUGCCUAUACUUGAAUGUAUGAUUGUUACUCAGGCAUGCAAAUUAUUAAAUGGUCUAUUACCAGCAAAAGAAGCUAAAGAUCAAUUGACACCACAGCAUGUAGAACGUUUGUAUGUAUUUGCAGUUAUGUGGUCAAUCGGUUCUUUUCUUGAAUUGGAUGAUCGCGCACAUUUACAAGAUUAUAUACUCAAUUGUACAGAUGCUAGUUUUCGUUUGGAUACACCGAAAUUACCAGACGCUGGUGAAGAUACAAUAUUUGAUUAUUUUGUUCAUGAAAAAACGGGUGCAUGGACACAUUGGAAUAGUGUUGUUACUGAAUAUGUUUAUCCAAAAGAUCAUGAUCCUGAAUAUGCGUAUAUACUUGUACCGAAUGUUGAUAAUGUUCGAACAGAUUUUCUUAUUCAAACAAUUGCCAAACAACAUAAACCUGUUCUUCUCAUUGGUGAACAAGGCACAGCUAAAACUGUCAUUAUUCAAUCAUAUAUGAGCAGAUAUAAUGCUGAAGAACAUUCACAAAAAACAGUUAAUUUUUCAUCAGCGACAACACCCAACAUGGUACAAAGAAUUAUUGAAUCCUAUGUUGAUAAACGUGUCGGAACUACAUAUGGUCCACCAGCUGGCAAAAAGAUGACAGUCUUCAUUGAUGAUAUUAAUAUGCCAACUAUCAAUGAAUGGGGUGAUCAAAUAACGAAUGAAAUUGUUCGUCAAUUAGUUGAGCAAAGUGGAUUUUAUUCUCUAGAUAAACCGGGUGAAUUUACAACUAUUGUUGAUAUACAAUUGCUUGCUGCUAUGAUACAUCCCGGUGGUGGUCGAAAUGAUAUUCCACAACGUCUUAAACGGCAAUUUUGCAUAUUUAAUUGUACACUACCAUCGAAUGUAUCGAUUGAUAAAAUAUUCUCUGUCAUUGCAACGGGACACUAUGCUAAAGAACGUGGAUUUAAUGAUGAAAUACGUGCACUUAUUGAUAAACUUGUACCAGCUACAAGACGUUUGUGGCAAUUAACUAAAGUGAAAAUGUUACCAACACCAGCAAAAUUUCAUUAUGUUUUUAAUUUACGAGAUCUUUCACGUAUAUGGCAAGGAAUGAUUAAUACUAUUCCACAGGUUAUUAAUAAUGAGAAAACAUUAGUUUGUUUAUGGAAACAUGAAUGUUCAAGAGUUAUUUGUGAUCGAUUUGUGGUUGAAGACGAUGUAGCCUGGUUUGAAAAAGCAUUUCGGCGUAUGGCUGAAGAAGAAUUAGGACCCAAUUUAGGUGUCUAUAUGCAGCAGACUAAAUAUUUUGUCGAUUUUCUCAGGUUCACUGAAGUCGAUGAUUAUCGUUGGUUUUUCAAAACAAUUGAACGUGUAGCUGAAGAAGGACUAGGUGGAAAAUAUCAAAGCAUGAUAAAAAAAGAAGAAUAUUUUGUCGACUUUUUAAGAGAUGCUCCUGAACCUACAGGAGAAGAAGCAGAAGACACUGAGUUAGAUGCGCCAAAAAUCUAUGAAGCUGCUGCUUCGUUUGAAGUUCUUGAGGAACGUUUGAAAAUGUUUUUAACACAGUAUAAUGAAAGUAUUCGUGGCUCGGGAAUGGAUUUAGUGUUUUUCAAAGAUGCAAUGACACAUUUAGUAAAAAUUUCUCGUAUAAUUCGAACACCACGUGGUAAUGCUCUACUAGUUGGUGUUGGUGGUAGUGGUAAACAAUCGUUAACUAAAUUAGCAUCGUUUAUUGCUGGUUAUAAAACAUUUCAAAUUACAUUGACACGUGCAUAUAACACAAAUAAUUUACUAGAAGAUUUAAAAACGCUUUAUCGUACUGCUGGAAAAGAAGGAAAAGGACUUACAUUUAUAUUUUCUGAUCAAGAUAUUAAAGAUGAAGCAUUUCUUGAAUAUAUCAACAACGUACUUUCAUCAGGAGUUGUACCGGGCAUGUUUGCAAGAGAUGAAAUGGAUGAGAUAUGUCAAGAAUUAGUACCUAUUAUGAAAAAACAAUAUCCAAGAAGACCACCAACAAAUGAAAAUCUAUAUGAUUAUUUUCUAUCUCGUGUUCGACAAAACCUACACGUUGUUUUAUGUUUUUCACCUGUUGGUGAAAAAUUUCGUAAACGAGGUAUAACAACAAAAGAAAUAGUUGAAUAUAUUAUGUUUUCGUUUUUGAAAGGUCUUCAAUUUCCUGGUCUUGUUGCCAAUUGUACUAUUGACUGGUUUCUUCGUUGGCCACGUGAUGCACUUGUUGCUGUUGCUGAUCAUUUUCUUGCAUCAUUCAAUAUUGCUUGUACAGAUGCAAUUAAAAAAGAACUCGUUCAAUGUAUGGGGUCAGUACAUGAUGGUGUAGCUGAGUAUUGUUUACAAUAUUUUCAAAAAUAUCGUCGAUCAACACAUGUGACACCAAAGUCGUAUCUUUCAUUUAUUAAUGGUUAUAAAGAAAUUUAUUCUCAAAAAUUAAAUGAAAUUGAAUCAAUGGCUAAACGUAUGAAUGACGGUCUUACACGUUUAGUCGAAGCUGAAAAAGCUGUAAUAGUUAUGAAAGAAGAAUUAACAGUUAAAGAAAAAGAAUUAGAUGUAGCAAAUAAGAAGGCUGAUGAAGUCUUAAAAGAAGUUGCAGUUAAGAAAGGUGCUGCAGAAAUUGUUAAACAUCAAGUACAAAAAGUCAAAGAUACAGCACAAACAUUGGUCGAUGAAAUUAAUCGAGAUAAAAUGGAAGCAAAUGCUCAACUUGAAAAUGCUAAACCAGCAUUACUUGCAGCUGAAGAAGCUUUAUUAACAAUUACACCGGCUGAUAUUGCUGUUGUACGUAAACUUGGUCGUCCACCACGUCUUAUUCGUCAAAUCAUGGAUUGUGUCUUAAUUCUUUUUGGACGUCCAUUGAAAAGUCCUAUAAAAAUCGAUGCUGAAUUACAAGGACCUGAACCAAGUUGGGAAAGUUCAUUAAAACUUAUGUCUGAUACAGGCUUUCUUCAAAAUCUUCAAAACUUUCAACGUGAUCGUAUCAAUGAUGAACAAAUUGAACUGCUUCAAACAUAUUUUCGUGUACCUGAUUACACAUUUGAAGGUGCUAAAGUAGCUGCCGGUGCUAUCGCUGGUUUAUUAACAUGGACACGUGCUAUGGCUGAUUUCUUUUAUGUUAAUAAACGUGUUUUACCAUUAAAAGCAAAUUUAGUUCGACAAGAAGCUCGAUUAGAAAAGGCCAAUGCACAAUUACAAACAGCACAAGAAGAACUUGAUCGACGUGAAGCUGAAGUCGCUGCAGCACAAGCUGAAUAUGAUACAGCUAUGGCAAUAAAACAACGUUUACAAGAUGAUCUUGAUCGAACAUUAAAACGAAUGAAUGCAGCCAGAGAAUUAAUAUCAGGUUUAGCUGAUGAACAAGAACGAUGGACAGAACAAAGUAAACAAUUUAAAGCUCAAAUUGGACGAUUGGUUGGUGAUGUUCUUCUUUGCACUGGUUUUCUAUCAUAUCAAGGUCCAUUCAAUCAAGAUUUUCGUCUACUAUUAGCAAAAGAUUGGCAAAAAUUAUUAACGGAACGAAGUAUUCCAUUUACAAAAGCAUUAAAUGUAACUGAAUAUUUAACUGAUGUAACCAUGAUUGGUGAAUGGAAAUUGCAAGGUUUACCGAAUGAUGAAUUAUCAAUUCAAAAUGCUAUUAUUGUAACACGUGCUAAGCGUUAUCCGUUAUUAAUUGAUCCACAAGGACAAGGAAAAGCUUGGAUUAAAAAUAAAGAAGGAGCAAAUGAUUUACAAUCAACAAAUCUUCUAUCAAAACAUUUUCGACAACAUUUAGAAGAUUCGUUAUCACUUGGUAGACCUUUAAUAAUUGAAGAUGCUGGCGAAGAACUGGAUCCAGCAUUAGAUAAUGUUCUAGAGAAAAAUUUUAUUCGUUCCGGUUCAACACUUAAAGUUAAAGUUGGUGAUAAAGAAGUUGAUAUAUUAAAAGGUUUUAAUUUAUAUAUAACAACGAAAUUAGCAAAUCCAGCGUUUACACCCGAAAUAUCAGCUAAAACAUCAGUUAUUGAUUUUACUGUUACCAUGAAAGGAUUAGAAGAUCAACUCUUAGGUUUAACUAUAUUGAAAGAAAAAGCUGAAUUAGAAGGUGAACGUGUUAAAAUGUUAGAAGAUAUUCAAGCGAAUAAUAAACGAAUGAAAGAACUUGAAGAUAAUUUAUUAAUGAGAUUGAGCAAUUCAAAAGGUUCAUUAGUUGAUGAUGAUGAUUUAAUUCGAACAUUGAAAACAACAAAAAUAACAUCAACUGAUGUUAAACAAAAACUUCAAAUUGCAACGGAAACAAGUCAAAAGAUUAAUAUUGCCCGUGAAGAAUAUCGUCCAGUUGCUACACGUGGUUCAAUCAUUUAUUUUCUUAUUGUUGAAAUGUCACUUGUUAAUGUUAUGUAUCAAACAUCGUUAAGACAAUUUUUACAAUUGUUCGAUCAAGCGCUUGAACGUUCACCACGCUCACCAGUAACAUCGAAACGUAUUACUAAUAUAAUGGAAUUUCUAACGUUUGACAUGUUUAAAUAUGCUGUUCGUGGUUAUUAUGAAGAACAUAAAUUUAUGUUCACACUUUUGCUAGCAUUGAAAGUUGAUUUACAAGCGACUCGAAUCAAAUUUGAUGAAUUUCAAACUUUAAUUAAAGGUGGUGCAUCAAUUGAUGCAAGCACAGCACCACCAAAACCACCAUAUAAAUGGUUGCAAAAUGAAAUUUGGCUUAAUCUCGUUGAACUAUCGAAACUUUAUCAAUUUAGUGAUAUUCUCAAUUCUCUUAAUCGUUCUGGUGUAGCAUGGGAUACUUGGUUUAAGAAAGAUGAACCAGAACGUGCUGAAUUACCUGAUGGUUGGGAACCAUUAUUGGAUAAAUUUCGUCGUCUUCUCUUGAUUCGUUCUUUAACACCAGCACGUUUUGUUAAAGCUGCCAACGACUAUAUAGUCGAUUCAUUAGGACCAAAAUAUGGUGAAGGUGUUGUACUCGACAUGGAAAAAAUGUGGGAUGAAUCUGAUAAAUGCUCGCCAAUGAUAUGUUUUCUUUCGAUGGGUUCAGAUCCAACAGUACAAAUUGAAACAUUAGCAAAAAAGAAAUCCAUCGAAUGUAAUGCUAUAUCGAUGGGACAAGGACAAGAGGUUCAUGCACGAAGAUUAUUAUCGCAAGCUUAUUCAAGUGGUAAUUGGGUAUUAUUACAAAAUUGUCAUUUAUCAUUAGACUUCUGUGAAGAAUUCUUAUUACAAUUAACAGAAAAUAUUGAUCGUAUUCAUCCAGAUUUUCGUCUUUGGAUAACAACAGAGGUACAUCCAAAAUUCCCUAUUGGACUUUUACAAAUUUCAAUUAAAUAUACAGCUGAACCACCUCAAGGUGUUAAGGCUGGUUUAAAACGAACAUUUACUGGUUUAACGCAAGAACAACAAUUAGAAGCAAAUACACAUGAAAAAUGGCGUCCAUUAUUGUAUGCUGUUGCAUUUUUACAUACAAUUGUACAGGAACGAAGAAAAUUCGGUCCACUUGGUUGGAAUAUACCGUAUGAAUUCAAUCAAUCUGAUUUUAAUGCUACAGUUCAAUUUAUUCAAAAUUAUCUCGAUGAUAUGGAUUCCGCUAAACAAAUGCAAUGGAAAACCAUCCAUUAUAUGAUUUCUGAAGUACAAUAUGGAGGUCGUGUAACGGAUGAUUUUGAUAAACGUCUCCUAAAAACAUAUGUUAAAUGUUGGUUCCGAGAUGAAACAUUCGACGCUAAUUUUCAAUUUGAAGAUAAAACAUAUCGUAUACCGAAAAUGGCACGUAUUGAAGAUGUAUUCGAUUAUAUUGAAACAAUACCAAAUUAUGAUAGUGGCAAAGUAUUUGGAUUAAGUCCAUUGGCUAAUGAUAGAUAUCAAGAAGAUACAACUAAGAAAGUACUCGAUACAAUAUUAAGUAUCCAACCAAAAGAAGCUCGUGGUGGUGCAGGUGAAACACGUGAAGCUGUUAUAUAUCGUUUAGCAACUGAAACAUUAGAAAAGUUGCCACCUGAUUAUAUUGCUCAUGAAGUUAAAGAACGUCUCGCCAAACUUGAACCAAUGAAUAUAUUUCUUCGGCAAGAAAUCGAUCGUUUUCAACGUGUACUUAAUGCUGUACGACGUACACUCAUUGAUUUAAAAUUAGCUAUUGAUGGCACCAUAGUUAUGAAUGAAGAAUUGCGUGAUGCACUUGAUCGAAUGUAUGAUGCUAAAAUUCCAAAUGCUUGGUUAAGAUUGUCAUGGGAAUCAUCAACAUUAGGUGCUUGGUUCACAGAUUUAUAUGCACGAAAUGAACAAUAUCGUGCUUGGUUAAAACUUGAUAAAGAUACAAGACCACUUUCAUUUUGGAUGACAGGAUUUUUCAAUCCACAAGGAUUUUUAACAGCAAUGCGACAAGAAGUAACAAGAGCUAAUCAAGGCUGGUCACUCGAUAAUGUUGUUUUAACAAAUAAGGUUACACGAAUGGAUCGUGAAAUGUUAAAGGAUCCACCACGUGAAGGUCUCUAUGUAUAUGGUUUAUAUAUCGAAGGUGCUAAAAUCAAAAAUGGUGUUUUGGAUGAAUUAAAAGCCAAUGAAAAAGUUUUAACACAUCUAAUGCCAGUGAUACACAUAUCUGCUGAAGCUGAUUUUGGUACCGGUGCAGCACCAACAAAGCAAGACCGCCGUCCAAUCUAUUAUGCGCCUGUGUAUAAGAAACCACGUCGAACAGAUAGAAACUUUGUAUGUACACUGAAAUUAGAAUGCCCACCAGGUGAGAAAGUUGGGCCUGAUGUAUGGACAUUAAGAGGUGUUGCGCUUCUGUGUGAUACAAAAUAA